GGAGAUCCUCUCGACUGGGUGAAGGAGACAGAGAAGGACAGUGCCAUUCCUAGCCUCCCUUUGACAAUGGCUCUGCCUCUAAAGGUCCUGAGCCGGAGCAUGGCCAGCGCAGCCAAAGGAGACCAUGGAGGGGCAGGAGCCAACACCUGGCGCCUCCUGACCUUUGUGCUGGCUCUCCCCGGCGUAGCCCUCUGCUCCCUUAACUGCUGGAUGCAUGCUGGCCACCACGAGCGCCCAGAGUUCAUCCCUUAUCACCACCUCCGCAUCCGAACCAAGCCCUUCGCCUGGGGGGACGGCAACCACACGCUUUUCCACAAUCCCCACGUCAAUCCUUUGCCCACCGGCUAUGAGCACCCUUGAUGUCUCAGCAGACAUGCUCUGCCAGCAAUCUUCAAAUUGACCUUCUGUUCACCGGCUCUGAGAGCCCCUGAGGUUCCAGUGGAUGGUUCCAAGCUCAAUAAAGGUGUGGAAGUUUUGUGUCCUCUGGCUCUUUGGGAACAGCAUGGUGGAAGGGGCUGGGCAGGCUCUUGGGCAGUUGGUAUCUGGGUUCCAGUUAUUUUUUUUUAUAUAAGGAAAAUGUGAUGUUUCCACCUGCAUUUUCAUUUUAUUUUUAAAAAAUUUAUACAAGCAAUACAUUGAAUAUUGAGCAUAUU